AGUUUUCCACGCGUUCGGAUCAAUUGGAAGUUGAUACUUUUGAAUUUGAAACAGGAUUUAAUACUUGGAAGAAAAAGUGUUGUUUAAGUAGUAAAGGUGCAUAAUCAAGGCUAUAGCAGAACCAAAACAAAAUAUUUUGGCCAAUAGCAAUCUGUCUACGAUACUGUUGUGUCAUUUUUGACGAAAUCGGAUUGGUCGAUAAUACCGGCUCAACAGCGCCAUCCCGACCUUAUAAAUAAGACUGCGACACCGCGCCGGACCUCUUUUCCACAGUAUUAGGUCGAGGGGAUAUUUGUCGUGUUAUUUAAGUGAGCUAACUCUAAAUUCAGAAUGCCGGAAACCUCGAAAGUAAAUGGAUAUGCAAAAACAAAUGGCCACAGUUAUGACAUGGAAGAUGGAUCUUUGUUCUUAUUCACAUCGGAAUCAGUCGGCGAGGGGCAUCCAGAUAAAAUGUGCGAUCAAAUAAGUGACGCUAUUCUUGAUGCGCAUUUAACUCAAGACCCCGACGCAAAAGUUGCCUGCGAGACCGUCACAAAAACUGGAAUGAUCCUGUUGUGCGGCGAAAUAACGUCAAAAGCUAAUGUUGAUUAUCAGAAAGUCGUCAGAGAGACUGUCAAACAUAUUGGUUACGACGAUUCCUCCAAAGGGUUUGAUUACAAGACAUGCAGUGUGAUGAUGGCCCUGGAUCAACAGUCUCCCAACAUUGCGGCUGGUGUGCAUGAGAACAGGAAUGAAGAGGAAGUUGGUGCUGGGGAUCAGGGCUUGAUGUUUGGCUAUGCUACAGACGAAACAGAAGAAUGUAUGCCACUAACAGUGGUACUAGCUCACAGGCUCAAUCAAAAGAUCGCUGAACUCCGGAGGAAUGGUGAAUUUUGGUGGGCGCGCCCUGACUCAAAGACACAGGUGACUGCAGAAUACGUGUUUGCUGGUGGAGCAACUGUCCCACAGCGUGUGCAUACCAUUGUAGUUUCAGUUCAACACUCUGAGAAAAUAUGUCUGGAUACUCUGCGUGAUGAAAUCAGAACCAAAGUAAUCAAAGAAGUCAUCCCACCACAAUAUUUUGAUGAACGGACAGUCGUGCACAUAAACCCUUGCGGAAACUUCAUCAUUGGUGGGCCUCAGUCUGAUGCUGGGCUGACGGGUCGCAAGAUCAUCGUGGACACAUACGGCGGCUGGGGUGCACACGGCGGCGGCGCCUUCUCCGGCAAGGACUUUACCAAAGUGGAUCGCUCAGCUGCCUAUGCCGCCAGAUGGGUGGCCAAGUCGCUCGUGCGAGCGGGUCUGUGCCGUCGCUGUAUGGUGCAGGUUGCAUACGCCAUUGGUGUUGCCGAACCGCUUUCUAUCACCGUAUUCGACUACGGAACAUCGCACAAAACACAGCAAGAACUACUUUCCAUCGUCAAAAAGAACUUCGACCUCCGACCAGGAAAAAUCGUCAAAGAUCUGAACCUCAGAGCCCCGAUAUACCAGAAGACCAGCACAUACGGUCACUUUGGACGGGAGGGCUUCCCGUGGGAGAACCCCAAGCCCCUUGUGGAUUGACUUGGGAUGUGAGCGCAUAGCACCAUUGUAAAUAUUUUCAUCAGUUAUUCGAACUUAUGUGUUUCUGUAGCGAGAGCGCCAGGAUGCCGCCGCUGACUCUCUAUAGGAGUAUAGUUUAUUUGUUAUUAUUUGGCUGAGAGCUGGUGAACGAUUCGUACAAGAUAAUACUUAUAAAAAGUGACUUGUAAGAGAGAUAGGAGAGAUGUAUAAAACAUGACAAGAAUGUAAACUUCAAUUCUUUUUUUACUAGUAGAGUCGUGAUUAAGACUCUUGUUUGGAACGAUUGUACGAUUUACCCCUUUAAUCCGAUUGCAUAACAACCAGGCUGCAAAAUGUUUGAUAGAUACAAAAAACUUUUACUGUAAAGUUGUAGUUGCUAUAAACAUUUCUGCAGGCAAACUACGAUAUAAAGUGGCUUUUAAAAUUAUAUUUGUUAUAGGCCAAUACUGCCAACAGUGUGGUGGGUCUAAUUUUUCUCUCUCCUAUGAUAGAGAAGGUCUGGUCUGGGCCCAGCGAUGCAACAUCAAUGAGGCUGAUAUAUUGACUUUAAAAAGACAGUUUAUAUGCAAAAUGUAUCUUUAUAUUCCCGCUUCCAAUGUUUGUGUUCGUAAAAAUCUAUAAGCAGUACAUUAAAUUAUAACAUAAUGUUGCAUUUAUAUAUAAGAAUGAUUAUAUACUUUUUAUCCCUAAGUUCCUACAGGAACGGGAAAUUCGGAACGUUACGCUAGGUAAAUAUUAUUAGUAUUAGACGGCCAUAGCAAAGCAUAUGGCCGCGAUGCUCUGAAUAAAUCGAUCGCCUGCUCUUAGACCGCUGAAACAAAUCUCGCGAAUGAUACAUGUUGACCAUUUGACAUUCAUUUGCGCGAUUCACAUUAAUUGUUAAGUAUUCGUUAAAUUAGUUUCAUAGGCGUAACGGGUGCCGUCAUUUAUGAAUUUGAGUUAGUUCGGGGUAAAAACGGCAGUCCUACUCGUAACAAAUCAGCAGUUAGUGACCGAUUUGCUUGAGCGACAAAACAUGUAUUUUUAAAUGCAUUUUUAGUUGAUUUAUAUUAUUAUUCAUUUACAAUGAAUUGAAAAUAUAUAUUCGGCGUAACUUAUAACCAUUCAUUUUAAUACAUGUUUGUUAUUGGCAAUAAUCAAUCAACUCUAAUUUAUGUCAUUACAGUUAAUCAUAAUCAAUUUUUAUAAGUAAAGGCCCCCUUGCUUUUUAUAUUAUAUGUGGGAGAGAAAAUUGUACCUUAACAUUUUAACUUUUAAACGUUAACAACAAGGGUUAAAAUUAAAUGUAAAUUUAACCUAAAUAAAUCGGUUGCUAACUCUUAGACUAUAGCUUGAAACCUGCCAUUUACCAUUUACUACUAUCCAUUUUUUUUUUUAUGAGUGAUCUUAUUAUGUUUCCAAUAUAUAUUCGUUUUUGUCACGUUUUACAUUGACAAUCUGAUAUAAUAAUGGACUGCCAAUAAUCUCGAAUUUUUCAUUAUGAGUGAGCUUUGUGAUAUGUUAGUGCUAUGAGUUCCGUAGACGGUAGAGUAGACUACUGCUGCGGGCGUGUCACAGUGGAGCGAGUGCGAGAGAGACGAACGUAGUCUCGCUCUCUCUCGCUCACUGCAAUGCAGCAGUGCACGUGUAGGCGACCAUAAGGGGCACUUCCAAUUAGUUCUAUGGAAUAUACCUAACAAACUAGCGUUUUACGCGAGCUCAUUUCACAGAUGACAUCAUUGUAUAACACCGGAUUGUAACACUUACAAAUCUAAUUUUAUCUGAUGACAUAAUUUACCACAGAACCAAUUGGAAAUACCACUGUUAAGCUUAUCUAGUAUAAUAAUUGUAAGUGUCGAUGUAUUUUUUCUCUGAUCCUAAACAUUCGCCGCCUCGCGUACACUGCAUUUUGUGUUGUGUUUCUGAAAAGGAAUUAUCGUGGAAAAGAGCCAUUUUGAAAACACACCGACUCGUCCGGAGCAGUAGUGCACUUUGCAUUUAAUGAACUAUCUAUGUCUAUUAAUGGUUCCACCAGUGAUAAACGUUGUCGUGUAAACUAUGGAUAUAUAUCUAAAAGAUUCUUUCCUAGUAUUUCAAUAGGGCAAAGUAGAAUUCAAUUUUUGUGAUUAUAUUUUUCGACCUGUUGAAGUUUGUGACUCUUUAACUUCUGUGUAUUUUCGACUUGUCUGAAUGUGGAGUUUUAAACUAAUAUUAAACUGUGUUUUCCCGGCACACUAUCGGGAAAUAUGAA